UUUUUUUUUUUACAAAGAGAAUAAGUGCAGUCUUGUGCAUGUAGCUUCUCAGGUAGCUUGUGGACACUCACGUGGGCAUGUCACCUACUCAGCUGGACCAGAAGGGGCUGAUGUCAGCUAGUCAGCUGGACCAGAAGGAUGAACUGGAGCUGAGUAUUUGUAGGGUAUCAAAAUGUGAAUGGUACUCGAAACUAUCGUCAGUGAUUCACUUAUUGAACGUAUUUAUUGGUGGGGGUCUGCUGUUGGCCAGGCGCCGUAUUAUCCUUGGGGAUACAAUGGUCCGUAACCUCCCAGCGCUUUACUACAGACCCAUGAAGACAAAUGAAUAGUCAUAAACAAAUGUACUGUUAAGAGUUUACUGAUAAAAUACAUUUGCUGAUAAAGAUUACAAAUGAGAAGAAAUGGGUGUUAGGAUGGAACCUAAUUUUUAGACUUGGUGGCAGAGGAACGCCUCCCUAUUUCUUUGUUAUAUAUUUUUCUUGGCUAAUCCUAAAUAUUUUCUUUAUGUACAUAUCUUGAUUGUUAGACUUCCUAUGUGUCCUAGAAGGAGCAUGAUUUGUAAGCAUUGACUUAAACAAGUGGAAAUAGCUCCAGUUUGCAUGAUCAGUCCCAUGGUUUUAGUUCCUGCUUCAGCAAAUUGAGGGUGGGUAUUCAGUUGUUGCAUAUACCACCUUUUAUUCAUCCAUUCCCUAGUGGAUAAAUAUUUAAGUUAGUGCCAAUUUUUUGUUGUUGUAAAAAAUACCAACUUCAGAAAUAACACAUACGUCAUUGAACUUGCCCCCUUUCUCUCCAUUUUCAAUACCAUUAGGGGUCAUUGUGCCCAUGACUGUGGUGAAGUCACUCUGCGCAUAGGACACAGAGCAUGGGCCCUCCCCAGAGUCCUCACUGGGACACUGCUCCCCUCCCAGAUUCUCUGCCAGGGCCUUUCAUCUGAGCCACUUAGGAGAGACUUAAAGGUGUACCUCAGGAAAUAACAGUGUAUCUUAAGAACCGAAUGCUUUCAGGAAGACUUCCCUCUGUUACUCAGAAGCCUUUUAUAUAGCUAUUUCCCAUGUUUUCACUACAGUGCCUUUCAGCUACAAAAUGCGUUGUUAGAAGUGUAAUUUUUGCUGUUAAAUAUUAUUUCUGUGAUUCUAUGUUUUCACUGUUUCCUGCUUACUAACAUGUGUGUUACAGUGGCCUUGACCUUAUAUCGCUAAAGGACAGUGCUAAAAUACGAUAAAGCACCAGUGAGUUUUUAAGGAGUUGCUAGGGGAUACAACUGCAGACGUCUCUUGCAAGGGUUCCUCAACAUGGCUGGAUGGCAGAAUCGUAUGGAGGAGCUUCAUGGCCCCUAUUGUACGUUUACUCAUGCAGAGUCUUUGGACAAUAUAUUUUCUAAAAGAUGCCCAUGGCUUGCCAAAGUUGGUUUCAGAUAUAUUUGAAAAGGAGGUGCAUCAUUAGUAACUACUUUUGCUAUUUUUUAAAAAAUAAAAUUUAUUUUUACUUCUUAUUUUCCCUCUUUUAAAAUUUAACCUAAUUUUGCUUUCGUAUUGUGGGGAAAAGAACUCUGAUGUUACAUGAAGAAAAUGUAAUACAAACUAGGUUAGAUUUUAUAUAGUCUGUCUAGCAUAGAACAAUAAUUAUUGCCGACAGGACAGAAUGGGGUGAAAUGUUGUGGUGGUAGAUGAGGCUCUUCAGUGAUAGGACUCUUUGGUUUUAAGGACUUUGAGAGGAGCCCGUCUACUUAUAAACUAUCAUCAAGUAGGUAGGCAUGAGGUGUGAGACCCUCCUGAGCCUCACACCUGUACAAGAUAUGAUUUAGGACCACUGGAUUUUUGUGGGACUUGAUCUUUUUAUCAUAUGGGUGCCCUGUUUAUGGAAAAUAAUACAAAAGUACCUUUUUCAAAUUUCACUAAAGUGUGAUAAUGUGAACUCAUCACCGAGGUCAUUCCCAGGACCUUGGAAGGGGCCUGUACACAUGCUGGGCCCUGAAACUUAGCUUCAUGGUAUAUCUCCCUAUUCUCCUGGCCAGAAAUGUUGUUCCCGCUCAUUUUCUUCGGUGACUGAAAUUGCACAUGUGGAAGGGCACUCUGGUGCUACAUUUCUUUCUCUAGAAUCGAAGUUCCCCAAGAGAGACCGAAGGGAGACAUGUGGAUUAUUCCCCAGAGUCCACUCACAUGGGCUGGCAGCUGCCUCCUAGGGCUCUUGGUUGAGAAAGAGGCAUGAGAAAGAUUGGGGUGGGCCAAGGCAGGAUUAGAACUAGGAAGACAGGAGGGAGACAGUGGGGAUCGGUGGGGCUUGUUUCCUGUUGCUGCCAUUUGUUACCUGUGCCUGAGGUUGCAGCGUGCCUUACUUGAUUGAUUUGUGGCCUCACUUUCUGCUGCCACUGUCCAAGCCCAUGGAGAAUACUGAGGCUGGGGACUAGUGAAAACAGAAAUGGACAGUGGGACAGGGAAGAAAAGGGCUGAAUGAAAAGACUCUGACCCAAGGACAAACUUAUCUUAUUAACCUGUUUUGCUUAGUAUAUCCUGAUCUUAGUCUCUGUUUUAAAAUAUAUUGGUUACAAAAAGGAUUUUUCCCAUGGCUCUUUGUCAUCUGGCAUAGAACAAUAAUUACGGCCAACAGGGCAGGGUGGGAUGAGAUGUUGUGGUGGUAGAUGAGGCUCUUCUGUUAUGCGACUCUUUAUAUUUUUAGGGACUUUGAGAGGAGGCUGUGUAAUUAUAAACUAUAAUUAAUUAAUUAGAUAGGUAUGAGGGACCCUAAUGAUUCUUUAAUGUACCUAAGAGCAAAUAAAUGAAAACUUCAGAAAGCAGAAGAGAACCUCCCUGACUAAUCUGUGUGAAUUUCGAGAAACACUAAGUAGUUACCUGUUAGCAAGUUCUCAACACGAAAACUUCAGGGGGCUGUGGCAUCUAAAGAUUAGGAAAUCUUGAAAAUAAUUACUCUUGUGAAAGGAAUUUAAAGGACAGGGCAAUUGGAUCUUAAAAGUAUGGGAGUCUACCAAUUCUUUCAUUUCUCUACCUCAUAGGGCUGGUAUAAGUAUUUCAUAUUACAAUGCCGCUAAGUCACAUAAAACACUGCAUAGUACACAGCAGGCACUGAAUAAAUGUUAGCAAAUUAUGUGUAAUAUACAACUGUAAAAAAUGUAAUUGUUAUAUUUGGGUAGCUAGAGAAAAAAAUACUUCAGUCAUAUCAUAUUAGUCCAUUUUCACACUGCUGAUAAAGACAUACCCGAGACUGGGAAGAAAGAGAGGUUUAAUUGGACUUUCAGUUCCACGUGGCUGGGGAGGCCUCAGAAUCAUGGCAGGAGGUGAAAGACACUUCUUACAUGGUGGUAGCAAAAGGAAAAAUGAGGAAGAAGCAAAAGUGGAAACCCCUGGUAACCCAUCAGAUUUCAUGAGACUUAUUCUCUAUCACGAGAGUAGCACGGGAAAGACCAACUCCCAUGAUUCAAUUACCACCCCCCUGGGUCCCACCCACAAACUUGGGAAUUCUGGGAGAUACAAUUCAAGUUGAGAUUUGGGUGGGGAUGUAGCCAAACCAUGUAACAUAUUUAAACCUUUGACCACUGGACUUAGCUAAUCUUGCUUCCAACAUCAGAUAUGUUUAAAGAAUUUGGUGCUUAUUUGUGAGUCAGGAAUGGAGGGAAGAGAGCAGGAGCAAUUUUUGAAAAUACCACUGUCUGACUUGACUUGAUACAAUCAUGUCAGAGUAGUUAAAAGGAGUUUAGCAGGUCCUUCGGGUCCUGCUGAGGGCAAUUACUUUGUGUCCUUGAUAAAGCAGUCUCAAGGCCGUUAUACAACACAUACUGUGGGAGCGAAAGGCUGAUGAGGAAAGCUGCAGAUGUAAAUCUGCCGGUGGGGAAGAUCACUGAGACACAGAGAGAAACAUCAAGUGAGGAAGUCAAUGCCGGAAAGGUGACUAGAUGCUGCUGGGGUUAAAGGGAGAGAGGAAGAGGCUUGGCUGUGCACCAGUGAACCUGGAAGAAAUAUAUGCUACCCUGGACGCGAAAGGACACGUCAGAACAUUUACAUGUGUAUGUGUAUGUGCGUGCGCAGCCACACACACACAAUUUGGUUUCUUGAACAGAAAGAAGCAAGCGUCCUCAAAAGACAACCCACUUUCUCAUUGGGUUCAGUUGGAACUCUGAGCUUCAAACCUGACUUUACAGAGAACUCAUUCACUCCAUUUUCCUGGACAGUCGUCCUUCAGAGCCCUGCCCUGGCUGGCCACUCUCCCUCUCCCGGGUGGUAAGCGUCUUGGAAGGGCUGCAGGCUGUUUUGGCAGUGUGUCCCCAGCACGCAGCCCUGAAAAACGAGUGCGUCUUUCUGUGGUUUGUGGGAUCCUCGGAGGAGGAGUGAAGGUGAUUAUAAUGUGUCAGAUUCUCAUUUGGGGUGGGAGGUGUUGAUUUGACAGAGAUGAAAGCCUUUGGCUGGGGAGGGGUGUGUGAGGUGCGGUGUGGCGAGGAUUCCCGGGUCGGACUGUGAUGUCAGUGGCCCCGGAGGGAACAGCUUGCACUCAGCCUUGAGCAGUUGGAAUCUGUUGGGAGGGCAGUUGGCCAAUCCUAGGCCUGAGAGCUGGGCAAUGGGAGACCCCAUCAGUGUGUCACCUUUGCCUCCGGGUAGAAAGAAAGUAAUCUAAGGAUGUGUGCAAGACUGCGUUCCUAGGCGUGUCUGUGUAACUGAUGCCAAACCGGGGAGGAAGGCUGUGGAGGAGGCCGUGGAGGCCCGCUCACCACCUCUGUACUGUUGGUCAGAGACACACUCCUGCUCCUGCCUGUGACCCAGCAGUUGACGGUUAACUGGUAUGGCAACAUUAUAUGAAGCUAAUGGUAUAGAUAUAGAAGUCAUCCACAGAGAUGUUACAGUUGAAGAGAUGGGGGUAGAGAAGACUUUGAAGGAAAAGAAUGUAGAAUGAGGAUAGAAGAGAGGAAAUCCCAACAUUUAACAGGUUUGACAGAUGAAAAAGUGAAGGCAUAUCUUUCUCUUCACCCCCAGGUAUUAGAUGAAUUUGUAUCUGAAAGUGUUAGUGCAGAGACAGUAGAGAAAUGGCUGAAGAGGAAGAACAACAAAUCAGAAGAUGAAUCGGCUCCUAAGGAAGUCAGCAGGUACCAAGAUACGAAUAUGCAGGGAGUUGUAUAUGAACUAAACAGCUAUAUAGAACAACGGUUGGACACAGGAGGAGACAACCAGCUACUCCUCUAUGAACUGAGCAGCAUCAUUAAAAUAGCCACAAAAGCCGAUGGAUUUGCACUGUAUUUCCUUGGAGAGUGCAAUAAUAGCCUGUGCAUAUUCACACCACCUGGGAUAAAGGAAGGAAAACCCCGCCUCAUCCCUGCUGGGCCCAUCACUCAGGGCACCACCGUCUCUGCUUAUGUGGCCAAGUCCAGGAAAACACUGCUAGUAGAAGACAUCCUUGGAGAUGAACGAUUUCCAGGAGGUACUGGACUGGAAUCAGGGACUCGUAUCCAGUCUGUUCUUUGCUUACCAAUUGUCACUGCAAUUGGUGACUUGAUUGGUAUUCUCGAGCUGUAUCGGCACUGGGGCAAAGAAGCCUUCUGUCUUAGUCACCAGGAGGUUGCAACAGCAAAUCUUGCCUGGGCUUCAGUAGCAAUACAUCAGGUGCAGGUAUGCAGAGGCCUUGCCAAACAGACAGAAUUGAAUGACUUCCUACUCGACGUAUCAAAAACAUAUUUUGAUAACAUAGUUGCAAUAGAUUCUCUACUUGAACACAUAAUGAUAUAUGCAAAAAACCUGGUGAAUGCCGAUCGUUGUGCACUUUUCCAGGUAGACCAUAAGAACAAGGAGUUAUAUUCAGACCUUUUUGAUAUUGGAGAGGAAAAGGAAGGAAAACCUGUCUUCAAGAAGACCAAAGAGAUAAGAUUUUCAAUUGAGAAAGGAAUUGCUGGCCAAGUAGCAAGAACAGGGGAAGUCCUGAACAUUCCAGAUGCCUAUGCAGACCCACGCUUUAACAGAGAAGUAGACUUGUACACAGGCUACACCACGCGGAACAUCCUGUGCAUGCCCAUCGUCAGCCGAGGCAGCGUGAUAGGUGUGGUGCAGAUGGUCAACAAAAUCAGUGGCAGUGCCUUCUCUAAAACAGAUGAAAACAACUUCAAAAUGUUUGCCGUCUUUUGUGCUUUAGCCUUACACUGUGCUAAUAUGUAUCAUAGAAUUCGCCACUCAGAGUGCAUUUACCGGGUAACGAUGGAAAAGCUGUCCUACCAUAGCAUUUGUACUUCGGAAGAGUGGCAAGGCCUCAUGCAAUUCACCCUUCCCGUGCGUCUCUGCAAAGAAAUUGAGUUAUUCCACUUUGACAUUGGUCCUUUUGAAAACAUGUGGCCUGGAAUUUUUGUCUACAUGGUUCAUCGGUCCUGUGGGACAUCCUGCUUUGAGCUUGAAAAGUUGUGUCGUUUUAUUAUGUCUGUGAAGAAGAACUAUCGGCGGGUUCCUUAUCACAACUGGAAGCAUGCGGUCACUGUAGCACACUGCAUGUAUGCCAUACUUCAGAACAAUCACACGCUUUUCACAGACCUUGAGCGCAAAGGACUGCUGAUUGCGUGUCUGUGUCAUGACCUGGACCACAGGGGCUUCAGUAACAGCUACCUGCAGAAGUUCGACCACCCUCUGGCCGCUCUCUACUCCACUUCCACCAUGGAGCAGCACCACUUCUCCCAGACCGUGUCCAUCCUCCAGUUGGAAGGGCACAAUAUCUUCUCUACUCUGAGCUCCAGUGAAUAUGAGCAGGUGCUUGAGAUCAUCCGCAAAGCCAUCAUUGCCACAGACCUUGCUUUAUACUUUGGAAACAGGAAGCAGUUGGAAGAGAUGUACCAGACCGGAUCACUAAACCUUAAUAAUCAAUCACAUAGAGACCGUGUAAUUGGUUUGAUGAUGACUGCCUGUGACCUUUGUUCUGUGACAAAACUGUGGCCCGUUACAAAAUUGACGGCAAAUGAUAUAUAUGCAGAAUUCUGGGCUGAGGGUGAUGAAAUGAAGAAAUUGGGAAUACAGCCUAUUCCUAUGAUGGACAGAGACAAGAAGGAUGAAGUCCCCCAAGGCCAGCUUGGGUUCUACAAUGCCGUGGCCAUUCCCUGCUAUACAACCCUUACCCAGAUCCUCCCUCCCACGGAGCCUCUUCUGAAAGCAUGCAGGGAUAAUCUCAGUCAGUGGGAGAAGGUGAUUCGAGGGGAGGAGACUGCAACCUGGAUUUCAUCCCCAUCCGUGGCUCAGAAGGCAGCUGCAUCUGAAGAUUGAGCACUGGUCACCCUGACUCGCUGUCCCACCUACAGAUCCUCAUCUUGCUUCUUUGACAUUCUUUUCCUUUUUUGGGGGGGGUGGGGGGAACCUACACCUGGUAACUGGGGUGCAAACCUCUUCAAGAAGGUAACAUCAAAUAAAUGAGUCAAGCAGAGGACUUCCUGCCAAUCUCUUCUGUGAGGCAUCAUAGACACUGAGCAACCAGGACCACCCCCAUGUUCAGAAAUCAGCUGGCCAAGUGACUCCAUUUGACUUGCAAACCAGCCUUUUCUAAUAGGCUAAUAUUGCUGAGGCCUUAAAGGAAGUGGACAAAAAUUAUCCAGAAGGGGUACUUUUCCAUUGUAUCUUUCUAAUAAGGGUUUAAAAUGGUACUAUUAUGGUAUUGUACUUGGGCUUUAACAUCAAUGUUGCUUUGAUGUUGUUGGAUAUAAAUAGGAAUUUUUACACAUUACUAUUGUGAAUGGUGAAUGUUCAUGUACGACCUACUUGUAAUUAACUUGAGUUGUAGUCCACAGCCUCAGGACAAAUGUUGUUGAGGUUACAGAGUAAGAAAUGAUGGCAAAACGUCAAACUCUUAUUUCAGAGCUUCAUGAAUUUAGUUAGACUAAACAUAAUUCUUUAAGUUCAACCUAAAGGGCUGAGAUCAAUAAAUUUAACACUAGAAGAAGUAGACUUCCUGUCUUUUUGAGAAGAGAUGAGGUAUAUGUUACAAUAAAUCUCAGAACUUCAAGUAGCAGUUCAAAAGAUGUCAGUUUUUAAAAUUGUUUUUGUUGUUGUCUUGGCAGUUUUACUGAACCCUUUGCAUAAAGAACAAAAUAAAAGCACGGCGUUGUAAUUUUUUUAAUGGACAAGUCUUACAGAUAUGAAGGGUACAUUUUUCAUAAUGAUUCCUUUAUAUUUUCACUUUGUGUCAUUGCAGAAUUUUAGACUCUCAUUCACAAUGAAAAGUUUAUUUUAAACAUUGUUUAAUUAAAAUACCAUACAGUUCUCUUUUAAACAUCAAACCAUAAAAAGUGUAUUUUGUAAUUUUACUCUGACCUGCCGCAGUCACCUCUCACUUAUCUCUUCCACGUACUGCACGGUCGUAUUUCAUGAGCUUUCUGUCCAUAGCACAGAAACAGAGCAGAAAGUAGUACAAUCAUGUUGGACCUUCUUUCUGUUCUCUUUACUCUUCUCACAGAUCAGAUCACUCCAUAGAAGCCUGUGGGUUUCGAUGGUUUCUUCUAUACACCUUUUUGGUUGACCAGUAUUACUAUACAAUGUAAGUGUUUUAAAAAAUACGAAAGUAAUACUCUGCACCCCUUCCUACAAAGAUGAUAAAGCAGUCACUUCUGGCGCAUUUUAAUAAUUUAAAGAUUUUUAGUGCAAUGGCACGGUAACCUCCAAACCUGAAUUAGACAGAGACUCACUCAAGAAGUGACAGGCCCAUCAUAUCAAAUAACUUAUUCACUUUUCAUGUGGCAGGAAACUGGAAUAUCGCUUUUAAUAAAAUGGAAAAAUAUGCUUCUACAUAUUUACUACCAUAGGCGUUUUGUUCAUAUGAGCCUGGUUUGUGCAAAAUUAAAUCAGAGGCUUCUACAACAUGGUUUAUUUAUGUUGUAGCAGAGUUGGCUCUACAUAAACAUUGUUCUUAUUUUAAAAUUAACACUAUGUGUUCAGUUUUCUUGUGGGCUUCUGAAAGUUGCCAUCUUCCCUCCGUGGAGCUCCAUUUGCUAUUUUCAUUAUACACUAUGAGGUAAAAUGUAAUAACAAAAGAGAGAGAAGUACCACUGUGGCUAGAUAUAUACACACACAUAUAUAUAUGGAUGGAUGUAAUAUAUGUAGAACACACACAUAGAUGUAUAUAGGAUACACACUCAUGUAUGUAAACAUAUACAUAUGUGUAUAUAUGAUACAUACACAUACACACACACGAGAGACAGAAGGAAAGAGAGGAAGAGAGAAGCAAACAUGUAGGAAAAAAUAUAAAUCAGCCCCAUUCUCCCAUUCUUUAAGAACAAUGAUUUUUCUUGAUGGAAAAUGCAUAUCACUUGACAGUUGACAAGAAAGUGUCAUUUUUGUGUUAGUGUAUCAUAUAAUUGAAUUUGAACAAGAUACAUAUUUUUCUGCAUACAAAUUUAUGAAGCUGGAGUCUACCAAACACAGCUUUAGUCACAAAAGUUAGUUUAGUUAUCUCAUUUCGCUUGGAGACGGAAUUUCAGGAAGGGAUAUAUUAUUUAAGAUUAUUGUUUAAUUACAAGAAUUUUAAAAGAAUGUGUGAAUUCUGUUUUUUAAUAUAGAAAAUAAUUAUGGAGGUAGGAAUCUCAUGGCUACAUUUACAUUUUUAGGUUAUUACAGAAAAUUCUCUUAAUUUAUUAUAGUCAAGUGUAUUAUGUAAUCUCUAUUUAGAACAGUUUCCCAAAGGAAUGUGAUUGGAUUUACUGGUUGGUUAAUUUCUUGUGAAAUAUUAUCAUAAUAGAAGCACAGCUUGAACAAAAGACUGAAUUCUGAUGUAAACUGUCAAUAUUGCUUUUACCAUGUGUAAGAUUUACUUAGUAAUCACAGAUUUACCUAAAAUAAAAGGACCCGGGUUGCAGUGAUAUUUAGUUAAUGAUUUGUUUUGGAAAACAUGCAGUUAGGAGUAUUUUUGUAUUUUGUCAGAUGUUUAGGAGACAGACUUUCAGGUCAUGUUUCUUGUCUUUUUCCCAGAUCUUUUCUUAAAAGAACAGUGUGACACCAGAAGCCAAGAGAUGGUUUUUACUAACAGCUUUGAUGAGUUCCUAUUAAGGUCAUAUUGUGUAUUGUGCCAAAUUUUCCACCCAGUAUAAAUUUAGUAACCUGCUAUGAGCAUAUGUAGGAUAUUCAAUUUGCAGACACUUUUGUUGGUUAUGUUGGUUUAUAAUAGACAAGUUUUAUGGUCAUAUGCAAUUAUUCCAUUGUCUUUUUGGACACAGUGAAUAUGUUUUUUAGCUAAAAAUGUCCUUGGAAACGUAAAUGCCUGCCAAUAACAUGAAAUAUUGAAUUCGGGCAAUGUGAAUUAAUUAAUUAGAAAAGGGUCAAAAGAAAUACAAUGGAUGUGGAAACUAAUUCUAAAAAAUAGCCCUAUUAAUAGGGCAGAGACUCUGGUCCAUUUCCCAGCUGUACUUCUCUCUAAGAGGUGUAUGAAAAACCCAUCUUGCAAAAGAAACCAAAAUAUUAGACACAAUCGUUCCCAUUCCUGACUCUUCAAUGGAAAAGGAAGGUACAGAUGUUUACAGUGGUGCCCCAGGUGACUCGUUCUCACCACAACAAAAGCAACUAAUUGGAAACUAGAUGUGUUCAAUAAUAGAUUUCCUCUUUUUUGGCAUGCUUUUUAGAUUUUUUUUCAUUUUGUAAAAUCUCAGUUAAUUUUUCUUUAUUGGUAUAUUUGUGUAUACGAGACAUGUUUGUACAGGAUAUAAAUAGAUGCAUAAAUCCUUAGAUACCUGGGUUUUUAAUAGGUUUAGGUUUGGGUAUUGUGUUUCUGGUCUUUUAACUCAAAAUUAAGGUUUGAGCUUUAAUAGGACUAAAUUAUUCACCUGCCUUGGCCUGUGCCUUUAUUUUAAAUACUGCAAUGUUACUUCUUCAUUCAUGUAUUUAUUAGUUUGCUUUUCUUGCUUAAGUAUAAUUGAAAAUAUUUGCAGGAACGCACAAUUCAUUUUAUCAAGUUGAAUGAAAAGGACCAUUCUCUCCUCAUCAGAUUUCUGUUCUUUAUUUGACUUCAUUGACAUAUACCCUGGUGACUGUAACCAGUGAACUGUUCAGAGUCAGUCUUUUCGGCAAGAACUUCAGAGAACUGUGACAUUGGUUAUGAUGUGAUUUUGGGGGGUUUCAGGUACCUAAGCAUGAUUUUUAAAAUCACUUCUCUCUUUACAUAUUUCGAACAUAUGUUUGCUUUCUACACUUCGCAGAUUUUAUUUAGGAUUUAAUUCUUUAAAGACUAUAUUCAUUUAGUCACUAUAGUGGAUCUCUUCUAUUGCAAGUAUUGAUCUGAUUUUUAAAUUAUGUAAAAUGUAAAUCAGCCAAGUAUGUCAUCCGUUAUAGUUUCCCCAUGCUUUCAGCGCAUGGCCAUGAGAUUUUUACAUGUGCAUAAGUAUUUAGCCAAUACACAUUUUGCUGACUUCUUUAACCAUUUACAUUGUUUAAAUUAGUAAUAUCCAAUGCAGUGCACACUUUUUUGUCUUUUUUCCAACGGAAUAUUUUGGUGGUCUGUAGCGUUGGAUGCAUUUUCUAUGAUAAAAAUAGCAAGAAAAAAUUAAAAAGUGUCAACGGUGUGCUGGUUCUAAAUUAAGAAGAUAGAACAAAGAGAAAGACAUUAAUGUUACCCAAGAAACACAUUUAACAUCCGAAGAAGCAAUGCUGUCCUCACUUGAUGUUUCUCUUCUCAACCCAGCAAUGGAGAGCAGGGCUUGCAAAGCCGUACAGAGCCUACAUGCUCUUUCCUGCAAGUGGGAGAAAACUAAUCAAUGGCACACAGGGCCAGGUGUGGCCCUGUGAGGCAAAGGAUAAUGUCACCUCAGGACCAAGGCGGAAACUUACAGCUGAAUCCAGGGCUUACUAAGUAGGGAAGUCAGUUUACACAUUUCAGUUUUCCUCUGAUGUUUUUGAGGUACUGUGAAUUUGCAGAAGUUUUAAGCAGAAGGGUUUUGUUUCUAUUGUAAGUUAGGUUCUAAAAGUGUAUAAUCUAAUACUCUAGCCCAACUGAAAUAUUAUAUCUUGGGCGUUACAGCCUUUGUCUUUUUCUUUAGUCACCUUAAUACCCAGUCCUAUGCUGUACCUCUAAUAGCCUAUAUAAAUGACAUAUAGGAAUAUUAUUUUCCAUAUGAUCUGUUGUAUGGUGUAUAUGCUAUGUGUUCAUUUCGUGUGCAAGUUCAGAGUGUAAUAGAUUUACCCAGAGAAGGUGUUUCUAUACAAUGCCCCUACCUAUUUGAAAUUACAUGCUUGCCCAACACACUGUGAAAUAGUUACCAAAAUUUGUACAAAUGCAGCAUCUUCAUUCUUUCUGAGAAGACAAGAUGGUUUUCUUUACAUGAACAAAUGAACAAAAGAGAUCCUAGAUCCAUAACGUAGCUAAGGCAUCUAAGAGUUUGCUGUUGAUAAUCUUGCUGACCAAAAACUACUGGAGAGUAACACAGGUUAUAUGCCAUCACAAAUACAAUGCUCAUAAAGAACUGAUUUGUAGAGUCAAUGAACCUGUGUCCAGAAUUUUAGUAGGCUCUCUAUUGGAAGGAGAAAGAAUUUCAAGUUAACAGUAUCUAACUUUAUCAUAGUUGAUGUUAGUAAAUUUUAAAAAAUGAUUUUAUAUGUAUGACAAAAAUCUUUGUAAAAUGCGCAAGUGCAAUAAUUUAAAGAGGUCUUAACUUUGCAUUUAUAAAUUAUAAAUAUUGUACAUGUGUGUAAUUUUUUCAUGUAUUCAUUUGCAGUCUUUGUAUUUAAAAAACAUUUACUGUUAUGUUUGUAUAAUAGAACAGUAAUCAUUUAUUAUAAUCUAGGCAAGUUGUAAAUAAAUUCAUAAUUCAAACAGCCAGUAUAUAUGCAUAUAUGAGUGUUAUAUUGCAAAAUCUUUGUUUUACUUACAUGGUUAAAGCAGCAAGAAUUCUUUUGUUGAUAUGUAAUUAUACACAUAAAAUAUAUAUAUGUAUGAUACAUGAAAUAUAUUUAGAAAUGUUCAUAAUUUUAA